CCUCAUUUGUUUGCUAUCUUUAGGGUUUUAGGGUUUUGAUGAUUCUCUCUUUUUGCUAUUUUUGGCUGCUUUUUUCUCGGAUUCUUGAAGAUACUUGCAUCGUCUUCUUCUUUUGCCGACGAGACUACUCAUUUUCAGAAUUUUUUAGAUUUUUUUUUGGGAAUUGAUUCUGUUUAUUUUUGCGGAUUCUUGAUUUAUUAGAAAUUUCGUUUGAAUGAGAUUACGGCCUUACUUCGUUUGAAGAGAUUGUGACGAUCUAGAGAGCGGAAAACCUUGGAAGGAUCGGGGCAUUGAAACGUGAUUUCUGUUUUUACCAAACGGGAAAUGAUUUCACAGCAUGCCCAUCCAUGUAACUGAAUGAGAUGCAUCCAGAGGCAAUGGAAGGGACGGGAGACUUAAACGGGGUAGAAGAGAAUGCGGCAGAGGCUCCACACCUCAAAAGGAAAGACUAUGAUCAUCCUCAAUCAGAGAGCCGUAACAUGAUGGAAUCACCUGGGACAUUUAUGUCUCCAGCCAAUGAUUGGCAUGAGCCUCAUUCCUCGUCAAGAUCACCUGAAGUAUUCACGGAGACUUUAGAGGGUAAAAUUCUGGUUGGAUGUGCGGGUUCCAAAAAUGGAUCUGAACAGCUGCAGACUAAUCCUCACACUGUGGAUGAUGCGGGUUUGACAGUCGAGGAGUUGACGCUGAAAAAUUACAAGGGCUCAAACUUGUCGAUAGUUGGUUGCUCAAACAGCCGAGAUAAAAUGCCGAGGAAAGGCCAAUGGCAGCAUCUAUAUCAGCUAGCAAGUGGGACUGGGAACAGGAGCUCACGUGGAGAUGUGGUGUCCAAGGAACAGGUAGGCGGUGGAGAGGAUGUGGUGCCCAAAUCACAGGUUCAAAAGCCGCCACUUGCUAAACAUCCAAAUGAUGAAGAUCAUGUUGAAAUCUCGGAGCAUUUAAUUAACAGUGACAAUCAUACUGUCUCGAGCAAUUCAUUUACAGGAUUUCAAGGAGGGAUCCGGACAAAGGUUCUUUCAGCGUCUGGAUUCUCUCAGUUUUUUGUCAAGAAGACCUUGAAGGGGAAGGGGGUUGUAUAUAGAUGUCCGGGAACUCAUGAAGGAUCUGGUGUUGUGAUCCGGGGUCAGAAUAAUGAAAAGGUAGUGACUGGGGUAGCUUCUGAUAUAUCUCAGGGUUCUACUGCAAAAGCUGAUGAUUUGUCUAGAUGCAGUGGUGAUGUGGCUGGUGCUCGUGCAAAUUUAAUUCAUGAUGGAGUCAGCUUAAGAGAAUGGCUAAAAGCUAGGUCUGGAAAAAUAAAUAAGGACAAGAGUCUGCAUAUGUUUAGGCAGAUCUUGGAGGUGGUAGAUCUUGCGCACUCUCAAGGUGUUGCCUUGCAACACAUGCGACCAUCUUGUUUCAUGAUGUUGCCAUUAGACAAGGUUAAAUAUGUUGGUUCUUGGGGCCCUCAAAUCCAGACAGAGUUGUUAGACAAUGCAAUUAAUCAAGAUGCUCACUACUCUGAGCAUCAUUUGAAAAGGAAAAGAUACAUCGAGCAGGGUAUGAAUUCCCAUACCAUGUUAUCAGUGACACAUCAAAAGCUCAGUGACCAUACGAAUUUUGUCGGCCAACUUCCCAAAACCUUCACUAGAAGUGGCUUGAUUUGUGAAACGUUUAAGGAAGAUCAUAAUAACAAUUUUAGAUCACAAAAUUCUGGUUGUGAUUUUAGGGAACAAAACUCAGAUAAAGGACAUAAGCCUCAAAACAUGUCUAGCAGUCCAAGGGUAUUAAACUCUUCACAACCUCAAUUGGGUUCUGAAAGCAUACAUUUGGAGGAGAGAUGGUAUGCUAGUCCAGAGGAGCUCAACGGCGGGGCUUGUACAUUGUCAUCAAAUAUCUACAGUCUUGGGGUUCUUCUGUUUGAGCUAUUAUGCUAUUUUGAAUUAUGGGAGGUGCAUGCUGCAGCAAUGUCAGAUCUACGCCAUCGAAUUCUUCCUCCAAAUUUUCUAUCAAAAAACCCUAAUGAGGCUGGCUUCUGUCUUUGGCUGCUACAUCCUGAGCCUUCUUCCCGGCCGAAGACAAGGGAAAUCCUGCAAUCUGAUUUAAUAUGCAAAGCUCAAAACUUGUCCUCCAGAGAUCAAUCGUCAUUGUCUGUUGAUGAAGAAGAUGCCGAAUCAGAAUUGUUGCUGCAUUUCCUUAUAACCUUGAGAGAACAAAAGCAGAAACAGAUUGCCAAGUUAGUUGAAAACAUUGGAUGUUUAAAAGCAGACAUUGGGGAAGUUGAAAAAAGGCACUCACUGAGAAAUGAGCUUCUUUCUGGGACAUAUAAAGGCUCUGUUGCAAAAGACACACUGACAAGCUUCCAUAAUAACCCAGAUGAAUGCAUUCACAAUGGACCGUUACACACAACGAUAGUCUCUGGUUCAUCCAUGUCACAGAUGAAUGAGGCUAGGUUGUUGAGAAAUAUGAAUCAGCUUGAAAAUGCAUACUUUUCCAUGAGAGCUAAACUUGAGCUGCCUGAGACUGAUGGUGCAACACGUUUAGAUAAAGAUGUCCUAAAGAACCAAGAUAGAUGGUCUCCAAUACAAAAUGACAAUGAGGAGUUCUGUAUGAACAAGAAACCUACUGACCACCUUGGAUCCUUCUUUGAUGGUAUAUGCAAGUAUGCCCGCUAUAGUAAGUUUCAAGUACGUGGUAUUCUAAGGAAUAGCGAUCUUCUCAAUUCUGCAAAUGUUAUUUGUUCACUGAGUUUUGACCGGGAUGAGGAGUAUUUUGCUGCUGCUGGGGUAUCAAAGAAAAUAAAGAUCUUUGAAAUUGGUUCGCUCUUGAACAACACAGUUGAUAUUCAUUACCCGGUAAUUGAGAUGUCGAGCAAAUCGAAGCUCAGCUGUGUUUGCUGGAAUAGCUAUAUCAAGAACUAUCUAGCUUCAACUGAUUAUGAUGGUGUGGUUCAGUUAUGGGAUGCAAGCACUGGUCGAGGGUUUUCACGAUAUACAGAGCAUCAGAAGAGAGCUUGGUCUGUUGACUUUUCUCGAGUUGACCCAACCAAGUUAGCAAGCGGAAGUGAUGACUGUUCUGUGAAACUUUGGAGCAUUAAUGAGGAAAAUUGCAUCAGCACGGUUAGAAAUGUUGCCAAUGUCUGCUGUGUACAGUUCUCCUCUUAUUCCACCCAUUUGUUGGCUUUUGGAUCUGCUGACUACAACAUCUACUGUUAUGAUCUUCGGACUACAAGAGUCCCUUGGUGUACAUUGGCAGGGCAUGGGAAAGCUGUUAGCUAUGUGAAAUUUUUAGAUCCAGGUACACUUGUGUCUGCAUCCACCGACAACACCCUUAAGCUAUGGGAUCUAAACAAGACCACUCCUAGUGGCGAUUCCACUAGUGCUUGCAGCUUAACCUUGAGUGGUCAUACAAAUGAGAAGAAUUUUGUGGGUUUAUCUGUUUCUGACGGUUAUAUAGCAUGUGGCUCGGAGACGAAUGAGGUUUAUGCUUAUUAUAAAUCUCUCCCCAUGCCAAUAACUUCUCACAAGUUCGGCUCCAUUGAUCCUAUCACUCGGCAAGAGACGGAUGAUGAUAAUGGACAGUUUGUUUCAAGCGUCUGCUGGAGAGAGAAGGCAAACAUGGUUGUUGCUGCAAACUCUAAUGGCAGUAUAAAACUGUUGCAGAUGGUGUGAGUGGAGGGAAAACAGCAUGGAGUGGCUUGCGAAUCUCAAUUACCUUCCAUUUCCUGUUGCAUUAUGUGGACGUGACCUCAUGUGGAUGACCCAAAGAAAAAUGCAAUACCCUCAUGAUGGGAAGCAUCAUGAAAAUUUAUGUGAAAUCUUUGUGCUAUCUUAUUCCAUCCGAGGAGGUUCUGUUCAGCAUGCAAUAUGGAAAUCAAUUCAAGAUCUUUGGAACCACAGCCUGAGAAUAUCUCAGGAGAGUUUAGCUGUAAAUAUCCUUGUGUAAAAUACUGUUUUUUGAUUGGUUCUGUGCUGAUCGUUAUAAAAUUUCGUAUGAUGGCUGCAAGACAGAAUGGAGGCUCGAAGUGGGCAGAUGGUUACACAAAGUUGAAAAUGCCACCUGUCUGAGACCACUGAAAUCUGUGUCAAGCAAGGUUAUCAAGAUGCUCCUUAGGCUCGACAGAUUAACAGGCGGUCAGAAGCUAAGCUGUUGGGUUACUGAGAUUUGCCGAAAGAAUACAUGCACGAUGUUGUCCAGCAAUUGGUAUAUAGAGAUGGAUUGAAGGGCUUGAUAUUGGGAGAUGGGUUUUACAUUAAUUUUUUUGUAUUGAUCAUCAGUCAUUUGUACCAUUCUUGUUGCUCGCCCACAAUGAAUUUUCGAUGAGCCAUGCAUUCCUUCAAUUUUCUUGGAAGGACAUGUAUUUAACCUCACAUUUUUUUGUUGACAGGAUUGGACCAUAACAUUGUUAACCUUCCUACAGAGAAACUCCCAAUUGGUUGUAUAAAAGAAAAACCUGUUUUUGAAGAAAUGUCUAUCAAAAUAUUCUAACAUUGAGGAAA